UUGUUUAAUGAAGUAAUGUAACAUACAAUGUGUUCAAGCGUAGAGGAUAUAGGCCUACAUGAAAAGUUUCCGUGAUGCGAAAAUUGUGCGAAUAAUGACAAUUUGCAGGACAUGUCGCUUUUAGUCACGUUGCAUAAAUUAUUUUAAUUUGUGAAUACAGGUAAACUUAGUGAUACAAACUCGACACGUAUAAAAUUGUGUUUUGACUAGCUAAGACUUUAAAAUUAAAAAAAAAAAAUCGUACAGUGUGAUUACAUAACAUGCGGGAUUUUCUUCAAUAGUGACCUUAGGGUAACUAAAGUUGAAUUCAAAGAUUAAACUAGUAAGAUUAACCCUUAGACGUUCUAAAAAAAUUGUCAACGGAAAAAAAUAAACUGAAAGCUGUUUAAUGGUACAAUGUCUGCACAAAAGACUAAAGUGUUGAACAUAAGAUACAAAUAUUUCUGGAAUUGGAUGCUGAUCUGGAUAUUAGUCCUACUUCCUUGUGCUACAGCAGCUACUACCACAACAACAACAACAGCCAACACUGAACUGACAACUACAAUACCACCAACAACAAGCACACCGACAACUGCAACCACACAGAAAAUAACCACACCGACAACAGCAAGAACACCGACAACUACAAUAACACAAACAACAACGACAACACCGACUACCACAACAACACCAACAACAACGACAACACCGACUACAACAACAACGACAACACCAACUACCACAACAACACCAACAACAACGAUAACACCGAUUACCACAACAAUGACAUCGACAACACCGACUACAACAACAACACCAACAACAACGACAACACCGACUACCAUAACAACGACAACACCAACUACCAUAACAACGACAACACCGACUACUUUAACAACACCAACAACAACGACAACAGUGACUACCACAACAACACCGACAACAACGACGAAACUGACACCUUCACCAACAAAAACAAGUACAACAACACCAACAACUUCAUCAACACCGACAACUACAACCGCACAGACUACUAUAACAUCGACAACUACAACAAUGCCUACAUCUACAACUAAAUCAACAGCUAUAACAACACCGACAACUACAGAAAAACCAAUAACAACGUCAACAACUACAACAACGACAACACCGACUUCCAAAACAACGACAACACCGGCUACCACAACAACACCAACAACAACGACAACACCGACUACAACAACAACACCAACAACAACGACAACACCGACUACCACAACAACGACAACACCGACUACCAUAACAACACCAACAACAACGACGACAGUGACCACGACAACAACACCGACAUCAACGACGAAAUCAACACCUACUUCAACAGCGACAAGUACGUCAACAACAAUAACUGUAUCAACACCGACAACUACAACCGCAAAGACUACUAUAACAUCGAAAACUACAACAACGCCUACAUCUACAACUAAAUCAACAGCUAUAACAACACCGACAACUACAGCAACACCAAUAACAACGUCAACAACUACAAGUACCCCCACAACUACAACAACACCAACAAACACAUCGACAUCAACAAGCACACCGACAACUGCAACCACACAGACAAUAACCACACCGACAACUACAAGAACACCGACAACUAUAAUAACACAAACAACAACGACAACACCGACUACCAUAACAACACCAACAACAACGACAACAGCGACUACCACAACACCAACAACAACGACAACACCGACUAUAACAACAACGACAACACCGACUACCACAACAACACCAACAACAACGACAACACCGACUACUACAACAACACCAACAACAACGACAACACCGACUAUAACAACAACACCAACAACAACGACAACACCGACUACAACAACAACGACAACACCGACUACCACAACAACACCAACAACAACGACAAAACUAAUUACAACAACAACGACAACACCGACUACCACAACAACACCAACAACAACGAAAACACCGACUACCACAACAACACCAACAGCAACGACAACACCGACUACAACAACAACAGCAACAACAACGACAACACCGACUAUAACAACAACGACAACACCGACUACCACAACAACACCAACAACAACGACAACACCGACUACAACAACAACGACAACACCGACUACCACAACAACACCAACAACAACGACAACACCAACUAUAGCAACAACGACAACACCGACUACCACAACAACACCAACAACAACGACAACACCGACUACCACAACAACACCAACAGCAACGACAACACCGACUACCACAACAACAGCAACAACAAUGACAACACCGACUAUAACAACAACGACAACACCGACUACCACAGCAACACCAACAACAACGACAACACCGACUACCACAACAACACCAACAACAACGACAAAACUAAUUACAACAACAACGACAACACCGACUACCACAACAACACCAACAACAACGACAACACCGACUACGACAACAACACCAACAACAACACCGACUACCACAACAACACCAACAACAACGACAACACCGACUACAACAACAACGACAACACCGACUACCACAACAACACCAACAACAACGACAACACCGUCUACUACAACAACACCAACAACAACAACAAAACCGACUACAACAACAACGACAACACCGACAACACCGACUACCACAACAACACCAACAACAACGACAAGACCGACUAGAACAACAACGACAACACCGACUACCACAACAACACCAACAACAACGACAAAGCCGACUACCACAACAACACCAACAACAAAGACAACACCGACUACAACAACAACGACAACACCGACUACCACAACAACACUAACAACAACGACAACACCAACUACCACAACAACACCAACAACAACGACAAAACCGACUACAACAACAACGACAACACCGACAACCACAACAACACCAACAACAACGACAACACCGACUACCACAGCAACACCAACAACAACGACAACACCGUCUACCACAACAACACCAACAACAACGACAACACCGGCUAUCACAACAACACCAACAACAACGACAAAACCGACUACAACAACAACGACAAAACCGACUACCACAACAACACCAACAACAACGACAACACCGACAACCACAACAACACCAACAACAACGACAACACCGGCUACCACAACAACACCAACAACAACGACAACACCGACUACCACAACAACACCAACAACAACGACAACACCGUCUACCACAACAACAACAACGACAAAACCGACUACAACAACAACGACAACACCGACUACCACAACAACACCAACAACAACGACAACAACGACUACCACAACAACACCAACAACAACGACAACACCGGCUACCACAACAACACCAACAACAAGGACAACACCGACUACAACAACCACGACAACACCGACUACCACAACAACACCAACAACAACGACAACACCGACUACCACAACAACACCAACAACAACGACAACACCGGCUACCACAACAACACCAACAACAACGACAAAACCGACUACCACAAACCCGACAACACCGACUACCACAACAACACCAACAACAUCGACAACACCGACUACAACAACGACAAGACCGAUUACCACAACAACACCAACAACAACGACAACACCGACUACCACAACAACGACAAUACCGACUACCACAACAACACCAACAACAACGACAACAGUGACUUCCACAACAACACCGACAUCAACGACGAAACUUACACCUUCAACAACAGCGACAAGUACAACAACACCGACAACUACAUCAACACCGAUAACAACAACCGCACAGACAACAAUAACACAAACAACAAAAACAAUACCGACAACUGCAACAACACCCAGAACGACAACACCAACAUCAACACCAACAACAACAACAACACAGACAAGUACACCAACAACGACAAUUACAACCACACAGACUACUAUAACAACGACAACUACAACAACGUCUACAUCUACAACUAAAUCAACAACAUUAACAACACCGACAACUAUAUCAACACCAACAACAACGUCAACAACUACAACUACACCCACAACUACAGCAACACCAACAACUUCAACAGUACGGACAACUACAACAACGCCGAUAAUGACAUCAGCACCGACAACUACAACAGCACCAACAACUAUCAAUACACCCACAACGACAACAGCAACAACUACAAUCAAACCAUCAACUAUAUCUACACCGACAACUGCAACCACACCGACACCAAGAACCACAUCGACACCAACAAGCACACCAACAACUGCAACUACACAGACAACUACACCGACAACGACAACAGCAACAUCAACACCAACAACUACAUCAACACCUACAAUUACAACUGCACAGACUACUCUAACACCGACAACUACAACAACGUCUACAUCUACAACUAAAUCAACAACCAUAACAACACCGACAACUACAUCAACACCAACAACAACAUCAACAACUACAACUACACCCACAACCACAACAACACCAACAACUACAAUAGUACGGACAACUAUAACAACGCCGAUAAUGACAUCAGCACCGACAACUACAAUAACACCAACAACUAUCAAUACAACUGCAACCACACCGACACCAACAACCACAUCGACACCAACAAGCACACCGACAACUGCUACCACACAAACUACAACACCGACAACUACAAAAACACCGACAAGUACAACAACACCGACAACUACAUCACCACCGACAGCAACAACCGCACAGACUACUACAAUAACGCAAACAACGUCAACAACACAGACAACUUCAACAACACAAAUAACUAAAACAACACCGACAACAACACCGACAACAACGUCAACAACUAUAACUACCCCAACAACAUCAACAACACCAACAGCUACAACAACUGCAACUACUACUACAACACCGAUAUCAACGAUGAAACCGACAACAACAACAACACCGCCAGCAACAACACUCACAAUUAUAACAACAGCAACAACUUCUGCAACAACACCAAUAACUACAACGCCGACGAUAACAAGCACACCUACAAGUACAUCAACACCGACAAGUACAACAACACCGACAAGUACAUCAACCACCACAACAUCCAACCCAACAACCAUAACCAGUGCACCAAUCACAAUAAUCACCAUCCCACCUACAUCAGUCACACCCUCAGACAUUGCUCUCAACUAUACACACAGUUUCGUCCCCGUGGAGUUCUUUCUACGUUUUAACGAGUCGUUCGAAGAAUCGUUCUACAACCAGUCCUCAGCCAUGUUCCAGAACAAAUCCAGUUCAUACAGAGCACAGUUGCUGCGAGCCUACAACAACACCAAUGUCUUGUUUACAGACAUCACAAUCAUCAGUUUACUCCCUGGCAGUGUGAUAGUGGACUACAGCCUCAGACUCAAAGCUUUCCGGGCCAAAAACGUCCUGACCAACAGCAGUAGCGUGUUCACCUCCCUCAUGCAGGCACGUGACCAGCUCGCGACCCUCAAGGACAUUGACCCCGUGUAUAUGGACUACACGUACAACACCAGUGUGGCCAAAGCCUACCAGAGCAUCAGAGAACUGGAAUCUGACCCGUGCCUGGCCGACCUGGUCUGCCCUCCCACCUACACCUGCAACAGACAGCUGCUCGUGUGUAGACACAAGUGCAGGGACUACCCGUGUCCAGCUAACGGCCAGUGCUACAUCAACUCACAGAACGAGCCCAACUGUAGGUGUCUGGUUGAGGGCAGCUACGUGUACGGAGGUCCGACCUGCAGCGUGGUGGCCGAGAAGCUUAGCCUGGGCUCCAGUGAGAUCAUUGCUGUAGCUGUCAGUGUAGGGGGCGCUGCCAUCAUCCUCGUCAUCAUCCUCACUGUCUUCAUCAUGUACAGGAGGAACAGGAGGAGUGACCUUUCGACCAGCGAGGAUGACCGUUUCGUCGAACGGACCACAGAGUUCCGCGACUCGCCGCUCAGGGGGCAGCACUUGUCUGGCACCGAGCGAGGGGACUUUGACUUCUCCCCCAGCAAGUUCCACAUCCCCACCGCCAGCGUCUACACCCACCCCAUCCCUGCCUACGUCAGAGACCUCCCGUCCCAGGAGUCUUUCCGGUACCCGUCGGGCAGGUUCCCCACGGGGUACGUUCACGGUCAAAGACUGGACAGGAAUUCUGGGAGAUCUUUCGAUGAACCUGGUCCGUCUUUUGCACAAGCUAGGCCAAGGGCGUAUAACCCAAGGUCAAGGUGGCCGGACAGAUCAUCGACCUGGAGCGACGACUGACCAACGACUGACCAACGACUGACGAACAACUGACGAACAACUGACCAACAACUGACCAACGACUGACCAACGACUGACCAGUCGCAUGAAUAGCCUGCCUUAUGUUAAGUCAACGAUGCCUUAUUGUUCAUAUGUUGUUGUUUUUUUCGAAUUUUUGUUUUUUAUAAAUUUUGUUUUUGCCAUGUUUUAUAUCCAAUAUAAAUU